AUGAAACUUGUUCUCAAGUUCCUUCUUGCAAUCGCGGUGCUCCUUGUCGCUACCAACGCACAUCCGUUGUGCGAUUAUCUCGACGAUGAUCAUGCCAUGAGCCAGAGUGACUUCGCCCAGGGUACUGAGUACGGCCAGUGGAUCGAAGGCCAAUUCGACGAAUGGAAAGAAAGCAACGGCACCGGAACCAACACCAAAGGAUUUUACGACUUCUUUGCCCGCAAGUUCGUGCCUCACCUUUCGCACUCAAUCCGCGACUGCGAUGGUCGUCAAGAAUGCUCGCCUACAAAUUGCGAGGCUCUCAACGAAAAGUUCGAGGUCAAGGAGCAAUACUUUGCCUGGUCAACCCUCGAGUCAAUGGUCAACUUUAACAACGCGAGGUUGAAGAUCAAGACUCUCGAGAACGAACUCUUCUCGGAACUGACCGCGGGUAUGGACGGCCUUAUUAGCGACUAUUCGGACGUCGACAAUCUGGUUGCGAUCACCAAAACUGUGAAUGCACGUCACAAGCGGCGGACUCAGCUGGCUGGUGGAAUUCUGCUGAUCAUCAGAAGCGAACUCUCCAUAUUGGGGACAGCCUUCGCAGGCACUCCAGUUGGCCAGGUGGGCAACGUUCUUGCACUGCUUCUCAGUGGGUACAAUUUGGGAGUGUCCAUGUACAACGACAACCUCCCAGACGCUAGUGGUCUGCCUAGGAAGCUGAAUCAGCUUUUGUCCAAGCUGCAGGCUACGAACCACAAAAUGGCCCGUGAAAUGUAUGCAUUGGACACGAAGCUGAUCAUGGGUGGCAACAAGGGGCUGUUGGGCAUGACUCUCGUCGAUGUCAUCCAGACAGGCGCAUACCGGGAACCUCUAGAGAUCUCACAAAAACUCCAAAACGACAUAUACGACUUGAAGUAUGCUUCGGCGUUGAGCAACAUCUGGGAUCAGGAAAAUGUUCACAUCAUCAUGGCACCCGCCUCUGGGGGCUGCGAGAACGACAAUCGAGCUCAUGGGAAGGUUUGCUUAAACGAAUGGCCCAAUUACGUCUUUUAUCCGCAAUUCACCUCUAACCUCGGUGAUUACCACAAGAAGCGACGGUCGAUGGUCCGUCUGUUCCCAGGACAUUACAAGAUUCCGAAAGACGUUGGCAUCUCCAUGAAAGACGUUGUACAAUCCUCGGUAGCCAUCUUCGAAGACCAUGGGAACGAAGAUGUUCAUCUCCAAGGGGUGGAAGCAUUCGAGCAGUUCCUGGAUCCUGCCUCCAAGAGUUACCAUCAUGGGGGUAAAUUUGCGGGUAUCUUCGCCAUACCUGUCUGCUAUCAACCUGAUGGGUUCGGUAUCUCUUCUAUCAACAUGAAGAAUGGACGCAACUAUCCUUGCUUCUGUGGAACCCCACCCACGAGCGAUGCCGCCAGCUCUGAGCAUCUGACAGACAACAGACUUGCCGCCCGCCAGAGCCACAACCAUUAUUCAGACACCACUUGGCGGUACGACGAGGGACAGACGUUCGCCUUCCUCAAUUCUACAGGUCUUUACCGUUCUCGCAACUGGUGGGAAGUCUGCAAGCACGAUCAUGGCAUGCACUGCGAGGAAGACAUGUCUGUGUCUUGGAGAGGCCGAUUUCCUCCAGGCACUUACUCGAAAUUACAACAUCCUUUCAGCGUAUGCAGAGGACAUCCACACAGUUGGAAGGGAUGUGAAAAGCCUUACAACAAUGGACUGGAUCAAAACGAGCAUUGCUCUGGUGACCAUGCGGUGGCGGCAGCAAGCUAUCUGGACGAUUGGGACGGGUCGAUCGAUGAGGAUGACUUCAUGUUAUACGGGGACUCGGAAGACGAAUUUGACGGACAUCUGUAA